CGUUGUUGUACCCUAUGCUACAGAACAGAUUUUCCGCGAUACAAACUAGCUUCCCACUGGCUUUAAACCAACGAAAAGAUGCUGCUUCACGAGAUCAGAAUAAGAAUACAAACACCGAGAAGUCUGGGAAAACUUUACCCAACUGUACCCAAACUUUGAUAUACUACGAACCAAGCCACUUCUAAACAGUUUCGACUGUGUUAGCAUUGUUUUAUCUUCACACUGUUACUAACUGGACGCGUUUUCCAAGAUCUACAGAAGUACACUUUUUAAAAAAUAUUUUUGGAGCAGUCCAGUCUGAUGAAUUCACCGAAAAAAGACGGAGACGAUGAUGUGCCCUUUAAAGACCCGGUAAAAUACGGAGAAUUGGUCAUUUUGGGAUAUAAUGGCUCGCUGCCAAGUGGAGACCGAGGGCGCAGGAAGAGCCGCUUCGCUCUUUACCGGCGGGCCAAAGCCAACGGCGUCAAACCCAGCGCCGUGCACAUCCUCAACACGCCGCAGGACAGCAAGGCGGUGCACAGCAGGGGGCAGCACAGCAUCUCCUUCACUCUGUCCCGUAACCAGACCGUGGUGGUGGAGUACUGCCAUGACAACAACACAGACAUGUUCCAGAUCGGACGCUCCACAGAGAGUCCCAUUGACUUUGUGGUGACAGACACGUCUGGCGGGGGAAAGGAAGGGGAGGAUCCCUCCAUCGCUCCCAGCACAAUCUCUCGAUUUGCCUGCCGAGUGGUGUGUGAGCGCCACCCGCCCUACACGGCACGCAUCUACGCUGCAGGCUUUGACUCAUCCAAAAACAUCUUUCUGGGGGAGAAAGCAACCAAAUGGAAAAACCCUGAUGGGCACAUGGACGGCUUAACCACCAACGGUGUGUUAGUGAUGCACCCCGAGGGUUUCCCUGAGGACCCCAAGCAGGGCCUGUGGAGGGAGAUCUCUGUGUGUGGGGAUGUGUACGCGCUGCGGGAGACGCGCUCCGGGCCCAGUCGGGGAAAGCUGGCGGAGGGCGAGAGCAGCGCGCUGCGGGACGGUUCCCUGGUGGACCUGUGCGGCGCCACCCUGUUGUGGCGCACCGGCGAGGGGCUCAUGCGCGCCCCCACUCUGCGCCACCUGGAGGCCCUUCGCCAGGAGCUGAACGCGUCCCGCCCCCAGUGUCCCGUGGGCCUCAGCACGCUGGCCUUCCCCAGCCUGCCACGCAGCCACAGCCUGGAGGAGCGUCAGCCCUGGGUCUACCUCGCCUGUGGGCACGUCCACGGACGCCACGACUGGGGCCAGCGAUCCCAGGCAGUGGAGGAACCGGGGGAGAGCGACGGCUCCACGGCCCGCCGAGAGUGCCCCCUGUGCCGGAGCGUGGGCCCCUACGUGCCCCUGUGGCUGGGCUCGGAGCCCGCCGUGUACGUGGACGCGGGAGCUCCCACUCACGGCUUCGUGCCAUGUGGCCACGUCUGCUCAGAGAGGACAGCCAGGUACUGGGCGGAGACCCCUCUGCCGCACGGAACACACGCCUUCAGGCCCAUCUGCCCCUUCUGCUCCACCGCCCUCAGCACCCCCGGCUGGACACGGCUCAUCUUCCAGGGCCCCAUCGACUAGCCGCCUCUCCCCAGCAGCCCCUGUCCCAGUGACAUGACGCCCCCUGAGCUUAAUUUCCGUUCCAGCCGUUGACGAGUAGGAAGAGGUAACAAAUUCAGAGCGCUUAACUGCAUCCCAACGCACGACAACACUCUUUGAUAAGGUCGUGUCACUGAAUGUAGCUCAGUGCUGAGGCAUCCCCUCUUUUGUUUAUCCUUCAGUGCUUUGAGAUCAGGGAGAUACAUGAAAGUAAACAUGACAGUGUGUUCAACCACAGAUUUCCUCAAAAGUUCUAAAUGAUGUGUCCUCUGCUGGGCGGGAUUAAUACUUUAUUUUUAUGCCAGCUGAUUUGAACGUUAACCCAUCUUCCAACUCAACACUUCUCAGAAGCAACACUGUACGUGAACAGGAGCUCGAUUGCUGCUGCUUGAGCCUUUUCAAACAGGAAGUAACACCGCCCCAGUGUAACCGUCAGGUCCAAACGCCGAUUUUGUCCUUAUCAGGUGACGUGUAUCCUCUGAAACGACGAGUAGCUUUUUGCACAUACUAAACGAAUGGCCUUGACUCUCAGUUUAACGGCAUUAACUGCACGUAUCUGUGUUCUUCAUCUCGCACGUCUUGAUCUGAUAUCUUACCGCCGCUCUGCUUUCUGAAAGGCGCUGUAAUGAAGCGAUUAGGUUUCUUCAAAACCCAGCUUCGGCACCACUUCACCUCAUUUCUUUGCAGGUGCAUUCAGAGCCCCCCCCCCCUCGAUCUGCCAGCUGAUGUGCAGACGGUUGGUUCCUGGCUCACGCUAAAUGGGAUUGCAAUUUGCAACAAGGGGCUCCUGCUUUCAUGCAGCUAUUCAAAUUCCAUCAAGUUUUUUUUUUUCUCAUUUCAGAAAAUUUUGAGUAUAUGCAGUUCUCAUCUUUUGUCAACACGUUACUCUUUUGGGUGACAUCUAUGCACAGACUCCCUGUGAAACAACACCCCCAGCGUCCUUUUUGGUUGGAAAGAAGAAUCCCAAGCAGUGCACCAUACAGAGGAUGUUCCAUUGAGUGAAUAUAGGAUAAGCAAAGGCAGGGAACGAACUGGUAAACUCCACUCACAACUCUCUCUAAAGCAAUAAUAGCCCUCAUACAGAUAAGCUAGAUCCAGUGUUAGGUCAUGGGGGGGGGGUUUGUGUCAUCUUGGCGGCUCAACCAGAGGUGCGUUGGAUUCCACCGCUCAUCGAUAGAAACUUUAAAGAUGAGAAUUGGUGUGUGUCGACCUCCGACCACAAUGCAUUACUUCUCUUAGUUCGAACCCACUUUUGGUUCCUGAGUGCGUGUCAGUAUGACAGUGUCAGUCGGUUUGAUCUUGCGUAACCUCCAAAAGAAAAAGAGAAAAUUCUUUUUCUGUCUCAAAGAAUACUAUUUUGUUAGGAAAUAGGGUGGGGUUUAUUUGGGGAAAUGAAACAUUCUUUUAGAUGUUCGGUGUAAAAAAAAAUGUAAAAAACCUUUAAAAAAAAAAAAAACAACAAACGAAAAAAACUACAACUAUUUUUAUAGCUGACAGUUGGUUUUUAGUUAACUGAUCUUACUCAGUGUAAGCAGGUUCUGUACGUGUCCAGAUAUAACCGUGUGGUAGAUGUAGGCGAGCCCGUGAGUGCGAAAACUUUGCCAACACUGUGUCCACUUACACACUGCUACCAUAAAACAUUGCCCAGACAAUGAAUGUAGCCAAAUUCUCAGGCUAUAUUUAGCCUUCGCUGGUGCUCAUAUUGAAUGGUCUAUAUUGUGAUACUAUUUUUGUAACUGAAUAUUAUGGUGUUGCUUGGUGAACUAGUUCGAAAAGUGUGGUCAUUAAUAGCCUCAAGUAUGGAAGACAAGACAUAACUGAUUAUACACACUCACAUGGAUCUUGUGUCUAGCUUGCAUGUGCUGAACGUACACGUACAGUAUAUACACUACACAUACAGGUAUUAAAGAAAACUUUGCACGGUGGAUUGCCAACUUGUCAUUCACGCGGAGAGUUUGUCGCAGAUCAAGUUGUCUUCCGAGUCUUCGGUUCGUUUAAAAAGAGAAAACAGAAAAAAAAGGAAGCAGCUUUUCAGUUUCUUUUUCCUGAAAAAGAGAGAGGAAAAAAGAGCCUAGAAGAAUCCUCAUACUUGAUAGAUCUUUGUGAAUCAGACCUCUUGUAUCCCACGUUGUAAUGCUAUGCUAACGAUUUCCAUCACGCCAGUCGACAGCGUUGUUUACAUUUUGUAUUCAGACCCGUCCUGGAGCGUUUCAGAGCUCAUGAGAGCAAAGGCGCUGGUGCAAAAUGUGAGUUUGUCAUGUGGUGGUUGAGUGAUGUUGUGGUGACUGCUGUAGCUCAGGAUAAUGAUCUCAGACUCUCAGCUGGCAAGACCUGAAGGAAGGCCUGGAGGAAGUCAAAAAGUCUCCAGAUUACAAAACAAACACAUAUGAAAGGACCCACAUCCAGUUUACAGAAGGCACGGCCGGUGGUGUAGUGGUGUUUGAGACUUCCAUGAUUAUACAAGGAUUCCUUCUCCCUCCACCCCUCCCCACCUGAAAGCAUUUCCACGCAGUCAGUUACAGGCACAGAAGGCUCACUUCUAAUGCUGCAAACUAACUUCCUAUUAAUAUAUUUCAUAAAUUAGCUCCGAUCUGAUCAGCUUGUAUCGUGUGUCCCAAGAAGGCAAAAGUGUAAAUGAAGUGUAAAUGAAUGAAUGAAAAUGUUUUUUUAUAGCCGCUCAAAAGUAAAUGUGUCCCCAUUCGGGCAACGCUACACCACAGGUCAGUGUUACACAGGUCUUGUUAGAAAUGGACCGGGCUCCAUCAGGCAGUGUAAACAUCUCUGUCAGCUGCUGUUUAUGAAUCAUGCCAAAUCCAGUGAAUUCUGCUUUUUGAACUUAUAGAAAAACAACCGGUACAACAUGUACCAUUGGCAUGUGGAUGGAUGAACAGCUGCAGCACCCCC